UACAGUUUGAACCUGCCUCAGUGACUGCAUACUAUUGAGUUACUAUAUUCAGUACACUAAGUAUACACGACAGUAAUCGAGGCAUACGCAUGUUGUGACCUGCACGGUUGCAGUGAAUUUGGCAACGAAUAUUAUAAUAAUUUAUCACCAACGUUAUAUUGUUACUUAUCAUCAUAAUGAUUUCGAGUGACAUCAUCAAUUAUCUGUUUUCUUCUUCAACGGUUGUCGGCGUUGCUGUUGCAGUAUUGGCGAUAGUUUACUAUUAUUCAACUAACACGUACGGAAAAUGGCGAGAAUUAAAUGUGCCCCACGUACCACCGUGGCCAUUGAUCGGUAACACGUUUAAAAUGAUAGCAGCACUCGAACACCAGGUGGAAACAUUCGACGGAAUUUACAAACAGUUUGCUGGGGAGAAAUAUUGUGGUUUUUAUCAAAUGAAGACGCCGUUUCUGAUGAUCCGUGACCCCGAGCUUAUCAACACCAUACUGAUCAAAGAUUUUUCGAAUUUCGCCGACCGUGGCUUCCACAAAGAUCCGUCGACAAACAUACUAGCGAACGGACUGUUCUUUUUGUGUGGUCCCAAAUGGAAAAUAAUGAGACAGAAAUUGAGCCCGGGAUUCUCGUCUGGUAAGUUAAAAAUGACUCACGACCAGAUAGUGGCGUGCAGCGAUGAGUUGAUGCGGUUCAUCGCGACCAAAAUAAAGGAAAACGAUCAGAUCGAAGUCAAGGAGAUCAUGAGUAAAUACUCAACAGACGUCAUCGGUACAUGUGCUUUCGGUUUGAAAUUGGACACUGUCAAGAACAACGAUUCAGAUUUUCGCAAAUACGGAAAGCAAAUAAUUCAAACAAACUUUAGGAUUCUUUUCACCCAAAUGUUGUCACUUACGUCGCCAAAAUUGACAAAACUGUUGGGAAUCUCUGAGUUUUCACCCGAAGCUUCGGCGUUUUACGAGUCGGCAUUAAACGAGGUCAUCAGGUAUAGGGAGGCUAACGGCAUAGUCAGACAUGACGUGGCACAGAGUUUGAUAGAAGCAAGAAAACAAUUGGUAUUGAACUCGACAGAAAAAAAUGGAUUUACCGAACAGGACAUUGUUGCAAAUUCGAUCCUGAUGUUUCUUGCCGGUUUUGAACCCGUGUCUUCUACUUUGAGUUUCUGUUUGUAUCAGUUAGCGCUAAACCAAUACAUCCAGGACAAAAUGCGUGACGAGAUGAAUUCAAAGUCGAAAGAACAUGGACAAAUGAGCAAUGAUUAUUUAUUGGAUCUCCAUUACACCGAUAUGGUAUUGGCAGAAACAGGGCGUAUGUACGGAGUAACCAGCGCGUUAUUCAGAGAAACAGUGAAUACAUAUCACGUGCCAGGCGAGUCUUUGGUUAUUGAAAAGGGGACUAAGGUCAUGAUACCCUUACAUAGUAUUCAUCACGAUCCAAAAUAUUACCCCGAUCCGUAUACAUUUGAUCCGGAAAGGUUUUCUCCGGAAGAAAAGGCUAAACGGCCGUCUACUACUUACUUACCGUUUGGCGACGGACCACGAUUUUGUAUAGGAAAACGAUUUGCUGAAUUGGAAAUGAAAAUGGUCCUUUCACAACUAUUGACGACGUUUCGAGUUUUACCGUGUGAAAAAACUGAAUAUCCGCUUAAAUUUCGAAACGGUAUACCCAUAUUGGUCACAAAAAAUGGAAUUUGGUUGCGUUUUCAAUCGAUUUAAAAAUGAUUAUUGGUGCUUAUUAACUAAUAACUUAAUACAAAUUAUACACUCAACUUAUUAUAUUGUGACUAUUACUAAAGGUAAUAUCCAUUUAUAUUUAAUAUAUGGUGAUAGGUUAAUCUCAAUAUAUCUAAACUUCAAAAGUACCUAAAAUAAUUAAAACAAUUGUUUAAAAUA